UGGUAGCAGAUGGAGAACUCCAGGAUUGCUCCAGGCUGCAAUAUAAAAGGUGGAACUGGAAGGCGAAAUCGGAAGACAUCUGAUUCUGGCCCAUCAGUGGCCAAACGCUGUACGGUCGACACCCAGCAUGCCUUGGUGUCAGCCCAGCUCCUCCAGUUAGUAAAGGAGUAAUGCACUAUGACAUUUUUCUCAAAGGCUGAGUUAAUGACUUGUAUGGUACCAGUUAUUCCCUGCUCUGAGCACAAGACAUGCUCCAGACAUACUUGCUGAAUGGAUAGGCGCGUCAGAAAAUCCGGCUGAGCUCCCAUGUCUUCAGCAAAGCAGGGCUUGAAGUAGGGCAGAGACAACUCUACUGGCUUCCCUGAUGCCACCUCCGAGCUCAUCAGCAGCCUAGAGAUGACAUGAGGGGGUAUUGAAGGGUCCUCACCGACUUUAAAUACUUUGACAUCUUCCAGUUCGAGGCCCAGUGAGUCCACAAAGCGCACCUGCAGGUUUCUUGGACUUUUCUUCCUCUCUGUGGAUGAAGGCAAGGACUGGGCUCGCCUUCUUAUGAUGGGCUUGGUCGGUGGAUUGCAAGAGAGACUGCGCCCAAAAACAGGCUCCCUAGAUGGAGGAGGCCUAGGACUGGGAGGACGUAUUCUGACUGGUGGUUUUACUGGUUCAGGUUUAGGGUCAUAGAGAUCCCUCAAACGGAUUGUUGCUUUGGGUCUGGAUACACUGGUGAACUGCAUUCCAACUUCAUUCGACCCUGGAGAGGCUUUCUUUGUCUGCCGUACCCCAACCUUGUUCAUUCUCAUUGAAACUACAGAACGGGAAUACAACUGUAUGAGGAAAUUAACCAAACGAUAACUACUAGGUCUUAAAGGAAACUUUUAUCCUUGUGCAAAUAUUGUUUCUUGAGCAUAUUUAGGUCAAAUGCACAAUUUAAAGGUUUGGUUAGGCAUGCAUAAUUUUACGUUAAAAAAAACUUACUUUUUGAGUUCCUUAGUCAAGACCAUCUGCAACUGGCAACAGUCUUGAUUGCACUGCUGCUCAAAGUGUUUGUUACUACCCCAAUAUAAACCACAUGACUGACAUCAGUUCCCAACUGCUUGAAUAACCUCUCAGAACGCUAAGGAUGCAAAAGUUGAAAGUUGCCAGUUUGGGGUUGUGAUCUUUAUGAAAUGAAAUGAGAGGUACAAAACAUUUCAGCAGCCAAGAUAUCUGAUACCCCCAAAGUCCUUACUGUAUAGGUCACCUUUGACAUUUAGCAAGACUCCUACUGUGGAUAUUAAUAGCAAAUUGUUGUUUUGAUCUUGUACAUGCGUUUCUAGGCUAGUGCUUGCCUGGCAGGCUAUAGGAUGACUGCAGCCUUUAAGAUUAGCGCUAGUGUUGCGAUAAAGAUAUUUCAUGCCCGUUGUGUCCAUAGCCCAACAUACCUUGUUGUGGGAAGCCUCACCACGCCUAGACGUAAGCUACGGGAAAGGUUGGAUAAAAUAUCGUGGGAUGCUGAUACAGUGACAAGCACCAAUAUGGGGAGGCGAAGUCAAAAUGACAAGACCCAUAAGUCAUUGCAACCUGUGAAAGCAUCUCAAGAAAAUUCUCUGCCAGUGGAUAAACAGUCUCUGCAGAGACGACGAAGACACAAAAUUAACAGCCCGUCAACCAAGCACAACACAUCUCAACUCAGAACCCAGCCCCAACCAGAUGCAAAGCCCCAUUCAUUGCCCUCUACAGGGGAUGGGAAGGAGCACAGGGACCAACGGGGCCCUCACUACAGCCAUCACAGAGAACAGAAGCACACUGGUCCUAGGAAAAGUAGAUGUGCACCAACUCCACAUCUUAGCUCCCCAUCAGAGCCAAGCUCAGACCCACAGAAGGACCAGGCACCAAACCCAGAGACUGUGAAGUUGAGUGAGUAUGGACAGAAAAGCAAAGACAGUGACAGUGACCUUUCUGAGUCAGAGAGGCUUCCUGUGCUCCCCUCCCACUGCACCCCCCCUCAGCUCAACCUGCGGGCUGAGGUUAUCGACUCUAAUGAUUUCUCACCACAUACCACUGGAAGAAGACGGCAGGGCCACGACAGUUUAAGUUUUCCAGACUUCUUGCCUCCACCUUUUAAUGCUUGGAGUCUGGGGCAGCUGGCUGUGUACUACAACAUGGAGGGAGGGGGACCCCCUCGCCCCAGGCCAGUCGAGCCACUGGAAAGGUAUCUGGAGAGGCUUCUGCAGCUAGAAUGGCAUCAGUUCCAGACUGUCCAGGAGGAAGGUGGUAAAUCCAAUGACUCAAUUGUAGCCGGUUGUCACCACCGGCCUCAUGUUGCUCUCUCCUCCCGCCUAAGUUGUCCCAAGAGCAUCCUCCAGUGUCAGCGGGCCUUUCCUCUCACAUUCCUCUCCUCCCUGGCCAGUCACACUGUCCAACUCUCUGGUUGUUCCUGCACAGCCUGCCGCACCCUGUACAGUACCUGCUGUCGCUCCCAUGUUCAACACCGCCAUUCUCAACUCAGUCCACCGCAGGAGUCUAGGGGCCGGGCCUACCUCCCUCCUAAGAGGAGUUACAGUGAGAGCCGGGCUCACUCGCCUGAUAAGAGCAUGACACGCAGGGCCCAGAGGUUUGGGAGCCCAGAGAGAGGGAAGAGCUACAUGAAAAACAUGCAAGCAUUUGGAAACAUUCGCAACCCUGUUUCGAUUCCCACAACUAAGCCUCAGUCUGUAGUAAAAGGUUUGAGUGUUGGGACUGAAAAGAAAUUGGGUUGUAUUGGGGUAGAUGAUAAACUACCUAGGGAUCACAGGCAGGUUGGUUUAAGGAGAAGUGGUUCUGAGCAGAGAAGUGGGUCCGAGAGGAGAAAUGGGUCGGAAUGUUUGAGGAGUGGAUCUGAACGAAAGAGGAGUGGCUCGGAACGAAGAAGAGCUGCUGUUUCAGAAGCCCGACAACCAGAUGUUAUUGGUGCAAUAGUAGACCAUUUACUUGGAUCCAAGAAUUUAACCAUAGUAAAGCCAAAUGGAAGGCUUAAACAGGUUGAAUUUACAAAGUAAUGUCACAGCUUUGAUACUGGCAUUUGCUAUAUGUUUACAAACAUUGCAUAAUGUUUAAAAAGGCCAAACAAAGGUUUGCCACUGUCAAAUCUACUCUUUCUAAUAAUACAGUGUUGUCAUGGUAUUUAUAAAACAUUUUGACUAUAGUACAUCUUUACAGUUAUCAUUAAUUUUCAACAAGAAAGGGAAUUCAGUCUUCUGAACAUGAUGUUUUGUCUUGCUGAUGAAGUGAUUGUUGUAGUUUUAUAAACACAAGGUGCUUACUUUUUGGUGCUUCCCUUUCAUGUAAAUAAAGAGAUUAAGAAUGUAAAAUUGUACUUCCGUUUCAACACACAU